GUGGUCUCGUCUCGGUGUUUCCUGCUGGCCGUGGGAUAGCUACUCUUUUCGCAGCUUUUGUUAUUAUUUGUAAAAGAGACACUGAUUGCCUUUCUCUGAUAUUGUAAAUCAAGACGUGGCUCGAUAUUUUGCAGCUUUUGAUAGAAUGCAUUUCCACUUACUUUCUUAGUCGUUUUUCUAAAACUGUAGUAUAUAUAUAGUAUGUAUAGUAUACACCGUGCAUGGGAUGCAGCUGCAGCUUUUAUGUAUACCCUAUGAAUGCAGGCUACACAUAGAAGCUGGUAGUAAAGAGGACACGAAUCUGUCAGCUGAUCAUACUGGGAUCAACCACUUUGCGUUUUCCCGAUCCUAAAGCAAUACACAACCAGGUGGUUUGGUCGAACAUACUGUUACGUUAGCCAUAUUGUUGCGACUCUUACAAGCCGAUAGAGCGGUGGAGAUGGGCGUGCGAGGCCACAGCUUAAUCCUCUGAGCCCCCCAGAAACCCCCUCCUCUAGUAAACGAGCUUGGCACGGUGGUAUCCUCGCAGCCUGAAAGGCCUUAUUGUUGCGGUGCAGCCGGCACCGACGUGCGCACCCUCUCACUGGUGUUUUCCCAGACUGGUGUGUGGAUAAUUCACGACGCCGCUACACUGUCUGAUACUGUCUUUUCCGGAAAUAGAUUGAGAUACCCGUGUUUUUAAUUCAAGGGUGGGGCGCUUCAUGACUAAUUGGUGACUAAAAAUGUGCAUCUCUCAAGCCGAAGUUCAGGGGAUUUCUUCCUGUGCAAAAUGAAGACUACUACAAGACCACAUUACUGGAUGUCCUAAUAAGGACAGAAGCUUCUCAGAGGAUUUCCCUAGAGACAAAUCCUUCAUCACAAGGCCUGUCUGUUAUGUGUACUUCUCAUGCUUAGGGGUGAGGAGGAGAACAGCUGAGGAGGAGGAGAUGGGUUGCACCUCUGCCAAGCAGGUGUCUGCCGUGCCCAACGAUGAGGAGGGCCAGAAUAAAUCCUACAGCAACGGGGACCUGGUCUCUGAUGAGUACAAGGUGAAAAGCAUGGAUAAAGUCAAAUACAUCAGCGGAGAAGAGGCAGGAGUGGACAGCCAGGACAGCGCAGAGAAAAGUGCUCUCCUUAGUAAAGGUCAACAUGCGGAUGAAACUGGAUCUAAUGGAAAUGGAAAGAUACUGAGCAUCCACUCCUCAGAGAGCCAGCAAGAAUUUUUCAGGAUGUUGGAUGAGAAAAUUGAAAAGGGUCGGGACUACUGCUCAGAGGAAGAGGAUAUUACAUAGCAGUGUGAUCUGGUACCUGCCCAUCCAGGUUUGAGAGGAACUGUCAUUGAAGUGACACAGAUGAACCGUGCCACAUGGCACCAAGGUCAGGGGGCCUUGUUUCGACUGUCCGAGAAGAAUGGAUUACAGCACUUUCUUGCCCUGCUGCUCACAACCUGCUCAUCUGAUUAACCCUGAGAAAGAUUGAAACCAAAGUUAAAGAUGGAUCAGUGUUCACUCUCCAAAGGGAGAGAACUUGUACGAUGAAGCUGAUGAAAUCUAGAGAUCUUAAAGAUCACUUGCGUUUGUUUUCAUGCUUGGAUACCUUCUGAAAGGUGAAUAUACGUGGCUAUCACUGAGACCUUCUAUACUCAUUCAAAACACUCAGCAGCAGUAACAAGCGGCGCUGUUGUGGACGCUCACUCUUAAAGGAAAAUAACGUUUCUAUCUGCAUCGUUUUGAAUAUUUCAACCUCGAACGCCGCCUUGAAAAGUCACUGGGUUUGAAAGACACAGUAUGAGCCUCUUUUCUACAGUUCACUGGCCAGUACAGUGCAUUUGUCUGUCCACGUCUGUGUCAGUGUAGAGUAUUUAUGUUGAAUAAGGCUCAGGGUUGAAGUGUUGUACUGUCUAGUGUGGUUAAGUCCUUCUCACUGAGACACUGUUGCACCAUUAAAGACACACCUACUCACACAGCAGGGUUACUGCAGUCCCCCGCUUCAGUAUCUGUUCUGUGUGAACUCUACAGAGUGAGCACUGCAAUGCCACAUAUUAGUCUGUGUUUCACUCACCAGUGUUAUGUUGUUGUGUUCAGUUUCUAUGUUGAAUUGUUUUCUAUAAAAAUAAAGCAUUUUCACAGUAUCUUACCCACAUAGCUGACACUGUUGUGCUGUUUCAAGAACUGGUACCACAGAUGAAAGUGCAGAAAACAACCUGCAAAUGAAGCAAUUUGUGAACAAUAUACUCAUAGAUACCAAUCAGCCUUAACAUUAUGACAACACUGUGUACAAAGGAGUCAGUGUGAUACUCGGCUGGCACUCGUGUCACUGCAGCUCACUGUGAAUCCGUUUGCUUCCACAGUUCUACUGUC